AAAUUUUCCCAAUAUUUCAUUUUCCCACAAAUUCCCAUUUCCCAAUCAAAACCAAAACCACAAAUCUUUCCAACUACAGAUCCAACCUCUCCAAUUUCUCCACUUGGACCCUUUCUUCUUCAUUCUUUCUCUUUCUUUCUUGCUUCAUCAGUUACUGUUCAAUCCUAGUCCGUCUUCUUCCUCUUCCAUGGCGGACGGAGCCGAAGCAUUCUAGGGUUUUCUUUACAUGAGGAGAGAAGUUCAACCGAGUUCGCGGAAGAUGGAUUUUCAUGGCGCUGGUUCUUGUCUUCAUCAAUAUCCACUUCCUCCACCGCCAUUUGAGGCUGUGAAAGCUCCGCCCGCUCAGAAAAACGGAAUCGAACAGGAACUUCACUCACUGGUUUCGUGUUCUAGCGGAGGUCGCGACGGGGAGAAACGCUUGGAAUCGGAUGUGCAGGAGGAAGACGGAGCGGCAAUGGAGGUUGCGGCGACGGCGGUGACGGCGCCGAAGAAGGAGGAGGAGGAAGGUGGACGGGAGAGGCUGAAGAGGCAUCGGCGGGAGAUGGCUGGCCGGGUCUGGAUACCGGAGAUAUGGGGACAAGAGGAGCUUCUGAAGGAUUGGAUCGAUUGCUCCGCCUUUGACGCUUGUUUAUUUCCGACGGGAAUCGGAUCGGCCAGGGCGGCGCUGGUUGAAGAAGGACGGAGGGCCAACAAUGGCGGACUCACACUGGAGAACAGGUGCUGAUUUUUUUUUUUUUUUUUUUAAACGGUGGGGUAAAUUAAUUUCAAUAAAAAGAAAAAGAAAAGGAUAAAAAAAAAUCAUUUCCCAAGCUCUAAAUAUUAAUCUUUCCAACAUAUGGGGGAGAGGAUUCUAAUGGAAAUAAUCAAACAAAAUGAUGCUUUUGUUUUGUCUACGGCUUUUCAUUGGCCAUUUGAUUUUCCAUUUUUGUUAAUUAAUACAAUCAUGAAUUCUCCAUGCUACUUUAAUUUCAAUACUAUUAUUGUUAAUUAUUAUUUGCAA